ACCACCUAUUGUCCUGCUAACAAUGAGCCAAUAGCGAGAGUCCGACAGGCCAGCAUGGCUGACUAUGAAGAAACCGUAAAGAAAGCAAGAGAAGCAUGGAGAAUCUGGGCAGAUAUUCCUGCUCCAAAGCGAGGAGAAGUAGUGAGACAGAUUGGUGAUGCCUUGCGGGAGAAGAUCCAAGUACUAGGAAGCUUGGUGUCUUUGGAGAUGGGGAAGAUCUUAGUGGAAGGUGUGGGAGAAGUUCAAGAGUACGUGGAUAUUUGUGAUUAUGCUGUUGGCUUAUCUCAGAUGAUUGGAGGACCCAUCCUGCCUUCUGAAAGACCUGGCUAUGCGCUCAUUGAACAGUGGAAUCCUGUAGGCCUGGUUGGAAUCAUAACUGCGUUCAACUUCCCUGUGGCGGUGUAUGGCUGGAACAACGCCAUCGCCAUGAUCUGUGGGAAUGCCUGCCUUUGGAAAGGAGCUCCAACAACUUCCCUCAUUAGUGUAGCUGUCACAAAGGUAAUAGUCAAGGUUCUGGAGGACAACAAGCUGCCUCGUGCUAUUUGUUCCUUGACUUGUGGUGGAGCGGAUACUGGCACAGCCAUGGCCAAAGAUGAGCGAAUGAACCUGCUGUCCUUCACUGGGAGCACUCAGGUGGGAAAACAAGUGGCUCUUACGGUGCAGGAGAGUUUUGGGAGAAGUUUAUUAGAACUCGGAGGAAACAAUGCAAUUAUAGCUUUUGAGGAUUCAGACCUCAGCUUAGUCGUUCCCUCAGCUCUCUUUGCAGCCAUGGGGACAGCCGGCCAGAGGUGUACCACAGCGAGGCGCCUGUUUUUACAUGAACGCAUUCAUGAUGAAGUUGUUAAUAGACUUAAAAAGGCCUAUGUACAGAUCCGUGUUGGGAACCCGUGGGACUCUAAUGUUCUCUAUGGGCCACUCCACACCAAACAGGCAGUGAGCAUGUUUCUUGGAGCAGUGGAGGAAGCAAAGAAAGAAGGUGGCACCGUGGUCUAUGGUGGCAAGGUUAUGGAUUGCCCUGGAAAUUAUGUAGAACUGACAAUUGUGACAGGCCUUGACCACAAUGCGUCCAUUGUACACACAGAGACUUUUGCCCCAAUUCUUUGUGUCUUUAAAUUCAAGAAUGAAGACGAGGUCUUUGCAUGGAAUAAUGAAGUAAAACAGGGACUUUCAAGUAGCAUCUUUACCAAGGAUUUCGGCAGAAUCUUUCGCUGGCUUGGCCCAAAAGGAUCAGACUGUGGCACUGUAAACGUCAACAUUCCAACGAGUGGGGCUGAGAUUGGAGGUGCAUUUGGAGGAGAGAAGCACACUGGCGGUGGCAGGGAGUCUGGUAGUGAUGCCUGGAAACAGUACAUGAGAAGAUCUACUUGUACCAUCAACUACAGUAAGGACCUGCCUCUGGCCCAAGGAAUCAAGUUUCAGUAAAGUUGCUUUCAAUUGACAUUUCAAGUGUUUCAGGCAUUGUUGCAUCUCUUUCUUCUGAAGAAGACGAAGAAAAUUACUAUUUGUCUUGAAUAAAUGGAUCAUUUUGAAUUUGACAGUGGUUAACCCCUUAUGCUUCUGAAGCCUAAAUCAAGAGACUUUUUUAAAAAAUAAAAAUUUUCAUGACAUAGCCUUAAGUAAUAAAAGAUAGAUUAGAUGGAUUUUUA